AUGAUCAUUCCUUCAUCCCAUACGUUUCCGGUUGGUAUCUCGGUCCCCGAAGGCGUCAACGCGAGACAUCAUCGUGUUCCCUUUCGAAAUUUCAGUCGCCACCGCUGGUAUAAUAUCAGCAGAGGGAUUAACGAUCCUCAGAUAUUCUGUCAUGAUGAAUUCCAGCCGCCUAUCUACACCACGGGCGACAAAGACUUCGGUGGUCCCGGCGUGCUUAUAUGGAACCAUGACCCGAAAAGCCACGGCGCUACUAACGGGACCAUGUUCUUCUUAUACGAGAGCAACCACGACUUUGUUCCUUAUAAGUACACAGUCAUCCCACCUUGGUCGUCUGUAUUCGUUGCCGUAUGUCCAAAUUUUCGCGGGCGUAUUGUGCGAGGAGACAUGAUGAAUUUUGAUAGGAAAAAACAUAUGUUAGGGACAUGGGCCGAGAUUAACUGGCACGCCAACGGAUCUGGGACGGCAUGGGGAGACAUCUCACUGCUUCAAGGCAAUGAUGGGGCCGCGGUGAUUCAGUCUCUCGACGGGCUUAGUAGGGCGAAGGGGUUCACGAUGGACCUUCUAUCCGAUGCGCCAGCGAACGUGUUAGCGCAGAAGGCGACGGGUUCGUGGUGUCUCGACAAGAUCAUUGGGCAAGACGCGAACAACGCGACGAGGGAAUGGGAGAUGCAGUUUCUAGAUCCGUGGAAUGUGUAUUUGGAAGACGACAUCGACCCUGUAAUCAAUUCGAACAACGGAAGGUUCCAGGUCACCUUCUACGAGGGUAUCAUCUAG